AUGGGGUGCUGUGGCUGUGGUAGACGCUGUGGUGGCGGCUGCGGUGGUGGCUGCGGUGGCGGCUGCGGUGGUGGCUGUGGCGGCUGUGGCGGCUGUGGCGGCUGUGGUGGUGGCUGUGGUGGGUGCACCACCUACCGAGUCGGGUGCUGCUCCCGCUGCUGCCCCUGCUGCUGUGGCUGCUGUGGGGGCUGCUGCAGCGUCCCUGUGGUCUGCUGCUGCCGCCGUUCCUGUGGCUGCGGCUCCUGUGGCUGUGGCUCCUGUGGCUGUGGCUCAUGUGGCUGCAGGAAGGGCUGCUGCCAGCAGAAGUGCUGCUGCCAGAGGCAGUGCUGCUGCUAG